AUGUAUUCCUGGGACAACCUGCCAAAGCCUAAUGUCAUCUUUGUCCUCGGCGGCCCCGGUGCCGGUAAGGGCACCCAGUGUUCACUCAUUUGCAAGGAGUACGGUUAUGUGCACCUGUCCGCAGGUGACCUGCUCCGAAAGGAGCAGGACACGCCUGGCUCGCAGUACGGCCAGCUGAUCGCCGACCACAUUAAGAACGGUACCAUUGUACCGGUAGAAAUCACCUGUUCACUGCUGGAGAACGCCAUGCUGGAGCACAUGAGAAGUCUGGCCGGCUCUGCAGGCAGAGGCGACGAACCCAUCGAGACGGGCAACUUUCUGAUAGACGGCUUCCCCAGAAAUCAGAACAACCUGGACGGCUGGGAGCGACAGGUGAACGACAAAGUGAACGUCAAGUUUGUGCUCUUCUUUGAGUGUCCGCGCGAGGUGUGCAUCAAUCGGUGUCUGGAACGCGGCAAAGAAGGCUCCGGUCGGGCGGACGACAAUCCCGA